UCAUUUAUCAACCAGCUAUCAGUGUUUCAGAUAAAACAUUUAGCUUUGAAAUCCAAUGCCUUGGCAUGUAAAAGGAUCUCUUGCACUCUGGCCCAGCAGCUCAGCCCAACGGGGAGCUGCUUGCUAGUACUGUAUUCUUUUUCUUAAAAAUUCAGUUCAGCAAUAUUGUGUUUCUAAGCAACAGACAAGUGGUUCAUUCUCUUGCUUUCCCUGAGCAAGGCUUUCAUUUCUGUUAAGGCUCAGCAGGACAAGCAAGAAGAGAAUAACAUCAUCUGGACAGAAGGCUUUUCUAAUGAUACCAAGUCAACGAAAUCCAGAACCUGAAUCUUUUUAAUAACCAUUGCGUGGGAAGAGUUCUUACCUAACUGGAACUUUGCAACUGGCACAUGGAGAAAGAACACACAAAUUAAUGGAGAGAAAACGUUUGAAACAAGAGAUUGAAAAACUGUUGGGAGAUUAUGUUGGUGUCAGACUUCGGGAAAAUGAAUUUGACCCACAAGGAAAGAGGAAGACUACCUUUCUAGAUGACUUGGCUCACUAUGACCUGGCCAUAAAUGUUGCCUUACCUUGGCUCAAUGAUUCAGAAGCUCAAAUGCCUUGGGGAAAAGAAAAAAGGCAACUACCGUUUCAUCGACGAUACGGUUAUCCCAACCGAAUUGAAAGAGAAGCUAUGAUUUUAUCAUCUUAUGCCGGGAUGCUAAUGAACAGCAUUCCUGUUGAAGAUGUCAUUGGGAUUUAUACCACUGGAGCCUGUGCAACCCACUGGCAGAGUUCUGCAAAAGGCCACCGAAUUCAUCCUUGCAAUCUCUCACUGCAUCCUUUUGCCAUGUUGACCGCCCCCCAAGCUGCAGAACAUGCAAGGAAACAGAGUGUCAAGUUCCACAGGACAGAAGCAAACAGAAAUGCCACCAGCAACUCAAGAAAAACAAUGGACACAAUUUAGAAACAACCAGAACUUUUAGGUUUUUCAAGAAAG